UUGCCACACAGUCACAGUUCCUGUUGUCACUAAAAGAAUAUUUGAUGUCUUUGUUUACGUAGACUCUUCUGUGGACCAGAAAUUGGAAACGUUUGAAUGCGCUAUCUGUCUCCAGUCUUGCAUACAUCCUGUGAAGCUCCCAUGUCAACAUAUUUUCUGUUUUCUCUGUGUUAAAGGUGUAGCAAACCAAAGCAAAAGAUGUGCAAUGUGUCGCCAGGAGAUACCACCAAGUUUUCUGGAAACUCCAACAUUGCUUUCGGUUCAAGACCUUGAAAAUGAACUUGUGUUCGAAGAUGGUUACCAGUGGUUCUACGAAGGACGUAAUGGCUGGUGGCAGUUCGAUUCAAGGACCAGUGUGGAUCUGGAAACUGCUUUUAAAGGGGGAGAAACUAGGUGUGAAGUUUUAAUUGCUGGUUUCUUGUACAUUGUGGACUUUGAGCACAUGAUUCAAAUGAGGCGCAGCGAUCCCUCUCGUCGAAGAAGAAUUAAACGAGACUUUUCUACGAUCCCCAAGAAAGGAAUUGCGGGGAUUCGUCUCCCACCCGUCGAACGUACCGCUACAGAUGACGAGAUUGCAGAAACUGAAAAUUCUGUCACGAUUGAAAAUGCAUCAGACUUUCCGAUCAGUUGGGCAGAAGUGGCAGUAGAAGUUACGGCCGUGGCUCUUGUUCGUAGUCAACAGAGGCAAGCUGAUAGACGACCUAAAAACACUUCUAUACCAACAACACCAACAAACACUCCACAGACACCGGGACUUAGUCCUGGUAAUCAGAGCAGUGAAAAUAGUGUUCCUUCCUCUCCCGGUCGAUCCGACCAAGACCUUGAGCACUCUUUGGCUGAAGCCAUACAUAAUCUCAGAGUUAACGGCACAGCCGGUGCCGGUCAGAACCAGCCAACGGUGAUUGUGACUUCCCAGAGAAAUGCAAGACCAACUGUUGUCAGACCUCACAGAACACUUAGUGAGGGAACUCUAACAGGAAACUUGGCUGAAGAAGAAACACUUUGAUAUUAGUUGUGUCUUGAACAAAUGAUUAACCCAAAAUCUCAUAGCGUGUAGCUUUGUCUCAGUUCUGAAAUCGUAUUUCUUUCUUCUUUUUGUGGUUCUAAUGGGGAAUAAACUAGUCCGUAAACAGCA